UGUUGGACCGUACGCAGCCAACUCAGACGGUCCCCGGUACUCACCACCCGUCCACGUCAUCAUCUUCCAUCUCUCUUACACUGACGCAAAUCUCAAAAUUCAGACACGAAUAAACAAAAUUCUAUCUCCAACUCUUCUCUUCCAAGCGACGACCUAUCUUCGCUCGCUCAAGGCCACGGGUUUUGAGACUCUGCGAUUCUCUCUCUCUCGCUGGAAUUCCUGAAGAUGCGUCGCGCUGCGUCGAGGAAAACGGGUCAACCAAAUUCAACACCGUCCGUCAAUUCUUCGCCCGUGGAUCUCUUCCGCUCCGCAUCAAGUAAAGCAACUUCAAAAGAGUUGGAACGAAUCGAUAACCUAUUUUAUUCAUAUGCAAGUGGAUCUUCUGCUAUGAUUGACCCAGAGGGAAUUGAAACUCUUUGUUCUGAUAUGGAGGUAGAUCAUACAGAUGCGAGGAUCUUGAUGCUAGCUUGGAAAAUGAAAGCGGAAAAACAGGGAUAUUUUACCCUGGAAGAGUGGCGAAGAGGCCUCAAAGCAUUGAGAGCAGACACUGUAAAUAAAUUAAAAAAGGCCCUUCCAGAGCUUGAGAAAGAGGUUAAGAGGCCAUCGAACUUUGUGGAUUUCUAUUCCUACGCAUUCCGGUAUUGUUUAACAGAGGAGAAGCAAAAGAGCAUUGAUAUAGAGAGCAUAUGCGAAUUAUUGGAUCUUGUUUUAGGCUCCCAAUUUCGGGUACAAGUUGACUUGUUUGUCGAGUAUUUAAAGACUCAGAAUGAUUACAAGGUCAUAAACAUGGAUCAGUGGAUGGGAUUUUUUCGGUUUUGCAACGAGAUAAGUUUUCCAGAUCUUUGUAAUUAUGAUCCUGACCUUGCUUGGCCCUUGAUCCUGGACAAUUUUGUUGAAUGGAUUCAAGCAAAGCAGAGCUAGUUGAUAUCUUUUGGUCCGCUUGAUUCUCUGCUGUAAACCAUGGUUAUUGUCGAAUUCAUUGUUAUUUAUCUGUUUGCAGGACCACUCAGACUACACACAUCAAAUGCCCCAGGAUUUUUUUUUCUUUCUUUCAUUUUCUUUCAAACAUAAAAGCAUGCUCAAUGUCCUCACCCUCGGAAGUUACUUGUUGGUGUUGUGGAUAAUUCUUGAGAAAGUCUUGAUAUAUUUCUUGCCCACUGAUCUUGCGGCUCUCAUUAAAAAUUUAAUACUAUUUACUGUCUAAUUAACAGCCAUAA